AUGGCUACUGCAUCGGUCUCGACUCCCGUUAAGAGUCACCACGGUCUCUUUUCGAAGACGGCAGGAUGCCGUAUCCCACUCACGCCGUCUCCUCGCACCAGGACUGCCGCGGCGGGACCUGCCAACCAGUCAAAGGACUCGCCAUCCCCAUUUACACCCCCUGCUCGUCAGUCGGGGGAAUCAAACCGGACAUCUUCGCAGUCGGUGUACGGUGGAAAUUUGUCGUCAUACUUCGCCAAGUCGUCAAUGCCGAAGCCCAGCCGUUCUACCUACCGAGAGUCACCAAAGUCGAACAUUGCGCGGAUCCGCAGAUCGCCCAAACACUUGGAACUGGGGGUUUCUGAGUGGACUCUGACUGGCACCGGUCCGUCGGGGACGCAGUCACCAUCUGCAAAGGAACGGGUUCGGAAGGAGGUCUCGAGUCGCCCAAGAUCGAACAAGACCACCGUCCGAAUCGCACAUAAUGCCGGGGAUCGCUUUAUUCCCAAUCGUGCGGCCAGUGAGGGCCUGGCGACAGCCGGGGCAGCCAAGCCUGAAGAUAGUCAGCGCCCGAAGACGAGUGGCGGGGAGGGGUCGGCUGUGCUGGCCAGCGCUGCGAGUGCGUUCGACAUUGGCGGCCGCGGGUCGGAGGAUGAUCUGACCGCUGCGCUGGAGAACCUGGGCCUGGACGACGAGGAGCCAACCGCUUCCUAUGCCCGUCCUGCUCCCGAUGCGGUGGCAUACGAGUCCUCGUUGGCGGAUGCUUGUGGAGUGAAUCUGAACACGCGGAUCCUGGCAUUCAAGCCACCCCCGCCGGAGUCGUCCAAGCCCAUUGAUCUCCGCGCCCAGUACAACCGUCCUUUGCGCCAAAACAAGCCCUCUUCUGCUCAAUUCCGGCGGCGAGUGCAGACGGCUCCCGAGCGGGUCUUGGAUGCCCCUGGCCUGGUCGACGACUAUUACCUCAACCUGCUGGACUGGAGUUCCGGCAACCAGGUGGCUAUUGGCCUGGAACGGAACGUUUACGUUUGGUCUGCCGAUUCCGGGACGGUCAGCUGCCUGUUAGAGAGCCCUGCCGACACCUAUGUGAGCAGUGUCAAGUGGAGUGGCGACGGGGCGUACGUCGGCGUCGGCUUGGGAACGGGUGAGGUGCAGAUCUGGGACGUCGAGGAGGGCACGAAACUGCGCAGCAUGUUUGGCCACGAGUCACGGGUAGGUGUCAUGGGGUGGUCGAAGCACACCUUGUCGACUGGGGCACGCAGCGGUCUCGUCUUCAACCACGAUGUACGGAUCGCCCAACACAAAGUGGCCGAGCUUGUCUCGCAUACCUCGGAGGUCUGUGGCCUGGAGUGGCGGUCUGACGGGGCCCAGCUGGCAACGGGCGGCAAUGACAACCUGGUCAACAUCUGGGAUGCGCGCUCUCUCAGCGCCCCCAAGUUCACCAAGACGAACCACCGCGCCGCGGUCAAAGCCCUGAGCUGGUGUCCCUGGCAACUCAACCUGCUGGCCACCGGCGGCGGCUCCUACGAUCGCCACAUCCACUUCUGGAACACGACCACCGGUGCGCGGACCAACAGCAUCGACACGGGCUCGCAGGUCACCAGUCUCCGGUGGAGCAACCACUACCGUGAGAUCGUCAGCUCGAGCGGCUUCCCGGACAACUCGCUCAGCAUCUGGAGCUACCCAACCCUGGUGCGAAACGUUGAGAUCCCCGCGCACGAGACCCGUGUUCUGCACAGCUCCCUGAGCCCGGACGGCCAGAUCCUGGCCACCGCCGCCGCGGACGAGAGCUUAAAGUUCUGGAAGAUCUUUGAACGCAAGCCGGGUACCAGCGCUUCUGCCUCUCGCGAGGGAGGUGUCGGCAGCAAGGCACAGAUGACCAAGUCGAUGACCAUUCGGUAA